AUGUAUUAUAUCAGUGUGCCUAUUCUCUUUGACAGAAAAAUAACUUUUCUCCUCCUAUCAAUACAUUAUUCUUAUCAAAAUGUUCACGCCGAAGUCGAUUUGGUAACAAAAUUAAGUAAUAAUUGGAUUCCAAUGAUAAUAAAAGAAAUUUCUCAACAUAGCGAAAAUGUUGUUGCCAGCCCUUAUGGACUCAUGUCAAAUCUUGCUAUGAUUUUUGAAGCAACAAAUGAUAAAACGAGAGAAGAAUUUUUAAAAACUUUAAAUAUAUCUGGAAAUGAUGUUUCCGGAUUGAGAAAAGGUUUCAAAGCCUAUUGUAGUUUGUUUUUGAAAUAUUCAAAUGACCCCGAGGCGGCGGGUUCUUUCAAUUCCGCAACAUUGACAAGUUCCUUCAAGCUAAAUGCAACGUAUAAAGACAUACUUGAAAAAUAUUAUUGUGCCAAUACGAUAGAAAAUCGCGAGGGUACGGCAAACACUCUGGAAUUAAGCAGCAUAACUGGAGUUAUGAGUCACUGGAAAGAUUACGAAAAAUUAGCCGUUUAUACAUUUUUGUCACACAGACCUAAAAUUGCAUUUAAAAAAAAAGAUGGUUCGAUCGUGGGUGUACCAAUGAUUCCACAAGUUGGCGUUUUAAAAACGGGCAGAUGGGAAAAUUCGAAUGUUUUUUUGAUUCCGCUUCAGAUAACGAUUGUUAAUAAAAAUUUUAACAUGACGUCAAUGUUGAUUCGUAACGGUUUAAGUAAAAUUUUCGAUUCGAAUAAAGCAAAUUUAAGCAAAGCUUCUCCUCUUCAACCUGGAAAAAAUGGCUCCAUUCAUUUGAGUAAAAUUGAACAAAAUGCUUUUUUUUCAACUUCUUUUGUCGCCGUUAAUUCCGUUUCGGGAAUAUCUUCAUCUUUGGGAACGAAUAAGAGACGUAAAAGGGAUGUGAAAUCAUUUUAUAUAAAUCAACCAUUUUUAUUUUUCAUAUUGCAAAUCGACACACAAUUGGCAUUAUUAAGCGGAAAAGUUGAAAAUCCUUCCAUCGUUCCAAUGUAA